AUGUGCAUUUACAGAUACAGAUCGAUGUAAGGAAAUGUACUAAAGGUACUGGAUACUGUAAUUGUGGGGUAGCUGUUCAAUCCGGGAAGACGGUGUUCUCCAUAAAUAGCUGCGAUACCAACUCAUGGAGAAUACAACAUCACGGCUGUGACGAAUCAGACAACGCCAUGGAAAUAAGAAAGAGAUUCAACGCUUAUCAGAUAAACUUGCCAACCGGGGCACUAGUAUCCGUCCAUACCUACAGCAUUCCUGGAACCGGGAAGAAUGUCUUAAAUGUUUGGGUUACUGGCACGGUCCUUGAUACCUUGGCGAGUCGUGGUUUGUGCGGCCAGCUCUCUAACACACAGAGUGAUGACUUAAUCAUGAGAGAUGAGACAUGGAGCAGCAACAGAAAUACGUUCAUCAAUUCCUGGAGAGUAGGGACGCACGACCUGUUUAACACCGAUUAUGUGAGAACACUUACAACGUUGCAACAGCCCCCAAAGUACUGCUUCUGCGAAGGCGGGAGUAACGUGAAAUGUUCUUCUCUUUCGACGAUGACCACUGUGGUCAGGCCAAAGCAUUACAAGGACGUUCCCUGUGCCAUACACGGCAACAGGAAGAAGCGAAUGGUGCGGAACAGGAACAUCGGCCACCGAUACAAAAGGCAAACUUCAGCAGAAGUGUGGAACAACCAGACAGCGGCUGAAUUCUGCAACAAUCUGUUCGCAGCGUCCACGACCGUCCAGCUGUGCAGCAACGUCCCAGGAGUCGACAUCAACCGCAGCCGCGACGACUGCAUCAGUGACAUUAUGCUCUCUGGCACAACUGACUUUCAAAUGAUGUCUAUCGGCACAGUUCGUACUUCCUGUGAGAUGGAAGUAUUUCUCAACCCCGAUCUUUGGGUAACUGACCCCAACAACCCAGGGGCCCCUACUGUGUUUGACGCGAUCACCAACAACGUCUGUCCCAACGACUGUAGCAACAGAGGCACCUGCAACAAAGGACUGUGCAUCUGCAGUGCCGGAUUUGGCAGUGCUGACUGUUCAGUGGACUUGACCCAACCACCUGUUCUGGACGAGGUCGAGGACAACGGUCACUGUGACCUGGCUACCAGGAACUGCCAGAUGUUGACAGUGUUUGGAUUGACCUUUCUGGAAGAUGCAGCAAUCAAAUGUCGAGCCACUAAAUUCACGGUGGGCAAUGGUGGAUCCCUUAAUGAGCCGGAUACCCAGGUAUCAGAUGGUACUGAGCGGAGCUUGAGUGAAGUGGGGUGCCCUGUAAGGGUAGAUUCACCCAGGGACAUUGUCACAGCCUACAACAUCUCCGUGGCCAACAUUGACAACAUCUACAGCGAGAGUGUCGAGGUUCUGGUAUAUGAUGGCACGUGUGUGACUGUUGAUCACGUGUCCAAAAUCUGGACCGUAAAGAAUGGAUACACAGUGCAAAACGGCGUGUGCAUCAGUAGAGACAGCUCAAGCGGCCCCGACGACACCACCACAACCCGAUCGACGCCGACAUCAACACCGACAUCAACAACGACUUCGACGCCGACAUCAACACCGAUCAAAGACGUAACUGAAUCAGUUACUACCACAAACGCCAACUACAAAAUCACCAUGUCCUAUGUUACACUCCUUGCCUCCCUUAUAUCUGGCGUCCUCUCACUGGCUUUGCGUGACUUAUGAACUCCUCCUGUGACCCUCCUGUUGAUCUCGGACAUGAUACAAGCCUCAAACGUUUCCGAGAACUUGUUCCAUAAAAGGAAUAACUCAUGAAUAUUAAUGACCCCACGACCUUGUUUGUCGACGUUCGUAGAAGUGAGUUCUGCUGUAUUGCCAUCGCAUUUGUAAUUUUAAUCCAAUUAUAAGUGAUAAUACUUAUUUUAAAUAGACAAAAUAGCAGUUCUUAAUGCGAGUUUGUUUACGUCGUACAUAUUCUCAACAACAAGUGCGUUUAGUUUCGAAUGUGGGCCCACCUCGAACUUUCGAUUAGGCAAACGGAGUUAGCUCCCUUCUCGAACCACCGAUAAUGCGGUUUCGCCCUCAGGUUCAUAGAACACAAUUAUGAAGUACGGAUAUUUGCAAUCAUCACAACACACUGCAGUAAGAAGGUAUGAAACAUUAGCUACGUGUAUACAGUAUGUAUGAAUACGUGAAUAUUUAGAUGUUCUAUAAAAAAAAUUCGAGGCAGUAGAACAUAAAAGAUAUAGUUUGACAGUUUGCAUAUACUAAUUAUAUUGCUGGAAUUCCUAAUAAAAUGGUCAACAUUGAUGCUUUACACAGACAUUUGAAUUGGACAAACGACGCAUGUCCUAACAUUUAGGACAUAAAUAAUGACACCUCAUAUUUGGUAAAAUGUAUAUAUUCUAAUUUACAGAAAAUACAGUGUCAAGCAUUUCAGUCAUCACUGAUUUUCAGUGAUUCAUUCUUAUAGUUCUCGUCGCGGUUUUGCGCCAAAUGGAAUCUGUUCGUUGGAUAAUCGAGAUUGGAUAAUCUCUGGCGUUGAAGUUUUAUAUGGCCCAUCCUACCAAUUUCAAAAUCUGAAUAGCAAGAAUAGUUACAAAGGUCUUUCCUUUGCUGUUCACAUGCAUCAAUACCUGAUUAAACUUAAUAAAUAAAACAUAUAUAUGGUGGGGUAGUCUAGCAGUUAAAGCGUUUGCUUGACAUGCAGUCUGGUCGGGUUUAAAUCCCCACAUAGACAGCAAUGUGUGAAACCUUGAUAGUCCUGAAAUGGGUCCCCUUUGGUCUCUCAUGUCUGUUUCCCAAUUCCAUAUUUUGACACUUUAUGAUACUUUUCUUCAUUUUCAAUCCGGAAAAAAACGUGUAUGCCUAAAUAUCGAAGUUUUUUUUGGUACAAAAUAGCACCUAACCACUCACUGAUGAAGAGUUUUGCUAUGGAAGUCCUUAUUGUCGGUAUGGUUGAUGACAGAUUCUUGAAUGCUUGUCACAAAAUGCUUCAAAAUAAACGGAUGGCUUUGUUC